CACCAUCUUCGGGAUUCUGAUGGGGACCAGUGAGGCAGCGCUUCGAAUGGAAAAUGUUGAACUGAAAGAGGAAUGGCAGGAUGAUGAUUUUCCCAGACCGAUUCCAGAGGAACAAGGCAUGGAUGUUCUUGGACGAGUGCCAGCUCUAGAAAAUAGAACUUUGCCACCUAACACCCUGAAUAUCAUUGGGAAUCAUCCAACACGUAAGACUCUUGUUGCCCCAGAAAUUAACAUCUCGCUGGAUCAGAGUGAAGGCUCCAUUUUGUCAGAUGACUACCUGGAUACGCCUGAUGACCUCGACAUUAAUGUUGAUGACCUGGAGACUCCGGAUGAGACGGAUUCCCUGGAAUAUUUAGGAAAUGGAAAUGAGUUGGAGUGGGAAGAUGAUACUCCAGUUGCAAGCGCAAAAAACUCUCCCAGUGCAAAGGGGGGCUCCUUUGAAGACUGUGCAGAAGAUGGAGAAUCUACCAAUGGGAGACUGUGGAGGACAAUCAUCAUCGGAGAGCAGGAACACAGGAUUGAUAUGAAAAUCAUCAGGCCAUAUAUGAGAGUGGUGACACAUGGAGGUUAUUACGGUGACGGUCUGAAUGCAAUUAUCGUAUUUGCUGCGUGUUAUUUACCCGAUAGUGGUUGUGCAGAUUAUACCUACAUCAUGGAAAACCUCUUCCUGUAUGUAAUCAGUAUCUUGGAGCUGCUGGUUGCUGAAGACUACAUGAUCAUUUACCUGAAUGGGGCCACUCCUCGCAGAAGGAUGCCAGGCCUAGGCUGGCUGAAGAAAUGUUACCAGAUGAUAGACAGAAGGCUAAGGAAGAACCUGAAGUCAUUAAUAAUUGUUCACCCGUCCUGGUUUAUUAGGACUGUGCUGGCAAUCUCCAGGCCAUUCAUUAGUUUUAAGUUCAUGAGUAAGAUUCAGUACGCUCACACUCUCUCAGAACUGGAACAGGCUAUUCCCAUGGAGCAGGUGCAGAUCCCAGAGUGUGUUUUACAAUUCGAGGAAGAAAGAAUAAAAUCAAGGAGGUCUAGAACAGAAGAUGGUCAGUCUGCGAUUGAGAAAAACAGAUCUGAAGCUGCAGCUGAAGAGCAGGAGUAAAGGAAGCUAAGAACCUUCAGAUCAAAAGCUGGAAUUCAGAGAAAACUGGAUGAAGUUCAUGACAAGAAAGUUCUUUUGAAAUAAUGUGACCAAGUUUGAUGGUUAUAAGAAUUGACUUUCACUCUCUGCCACUGAUUCCAGGAUGCAGACACUGGGCCCCGAGUUCAUUGGAACUCAGUUGCCAUUGAUCAGGCCAUUUUAACAUGACAUGGAGUUUCUUAUGUCAUAACCAUAAAAAAUAUGUGGGAUAUGGUCAUAAUCCUAUUGCCAAAAGAGUACCCUAAGCAUAGCUGUUGAGAAUCAACUCAUAUCUCUAUUUCUUCCCCUAAUUUACUGAAGCACUGAUGUUGCCGUAUUGUGGGCUCCAUGGGCACCAAUUUCCCUCCGAUACUCCGAAUCUUUGUUGGCUUCAAGGCUGAUCUGGAUAAUCUGUUGUGCAAAUGUCAAAACCCAAACUUAAUUCUCUCCUUAACCAACUCUUACACGAGAGUCGCUUACUAACAAUCCAAUGAAGGCAGUAGGUUUUUCAUGUAAGCAAGCCUUAGGUGUUCUUUGCCAGUUCUGUUGUAUUAAAGGGCUCUACAAAAGGAUUCUCCACUUUCAGCAGUGAUGGGUAAUGAGGAUUCCAAAGAUGAUGGGUCUGGGAAAGAUCAUAUUGCUACAUUUCAGCUUUCUGUUAAGGCAGAAUAGGAAUCUUUUACAGCAUUCGAAACAUAAUUACUCGAGGCUAACGUUGGUGC